AUGGUUAGUCGGCUAACGAAGGCGAUGAGCGCGUUGUCACAAAACGAUGAAGAAGCCGGCUCACGAAGAACCGAGCGACGAAAGAGUGCUCGUCUGAAUAACAUCAAAACCGAAAAGAACGAAACUGUCCAUGAUUCUGGAACCGAGUCUGACGAAGAGGAAAUGAAGAGCAUUGCACUAUCACGCCAGAUGAAUGGCUCAGACUUCUUCAAUACCACUCACGGCAAUGACUAUUGGUCGCUUGGCAGUCCACCGCCAUUAUCUGAUUCGCCACCAAUCCCUCGUGACGCGGAUACCGAAAGCUGGGACAGUUUUGGACGUGAAAGUGGUAUUGUCACUGGCGACAAUGAUUCGGAUACGGAUGGGGCUUCUACACCAACACCCAACCGUCGACGAAUAAUGGAACUCGAGGAAGAAUCGGCAAGUGUCUGUGGUGAGAAGCGUCGCUACAGUAGUAUGACGACAAACGAUCAUCCAAUCGCUUGGCGAUUGAGAAGCUUCAAUAAUGACGCCACUUCUCGUCCGGUGAAAGUCGCUGCUCGCAAAAUACCGGUUCGCGUGAUCUACAACCGCCCGUCGAUUCAAACACCAGCGGCGGCUCGCGACGUGAGUCCGGAUUGUCGCGAAGAAGCUAGCAUCGAGAUUCGCGUGCCCGCGCCGAAACGCAAUCGUCGAAAUAGCCAUCGCCCGUCGCUCGACUUUGAUAAAAUGGUAGAGACGCGCAUUCAGUCAUCAUCUCCGGUACCAUCUCAAAUAGUAACCAGGUCGCAAGCUAAUAAUUCCUAA